UCAAUAUUUAAUGCUUAGAGAUUGUAGCUCCAAAUGAGUCAUAUCAGGGGACUGCUGGAACCAAUCUGCUUCUGCACAGGGCUGCUAAUUAUUCAUGGGCUCCUGCCUCUAGCUCUUUCUUGUGCACAGCCCCUCUCUGCUGACUCAGUGCCUUAUUUAGUCUGCCUCUCCACAGCUCUAGCCGGACCCUUUGCAUUCACAGCCUCUCAGCCUCUGCAUCCAACACCCUCACCAUGGCUAAAACAGCAAUAGGUAAGGACACCACUAUAUGACUAUAGCUUCUUAAAUCUACUAGAUGGCAGGAAAAGGGAUUCAGGAAGAAUGUUUCUAGAAAAGGCUUGUUUAAACAAUACAAUAGCUGAGAAGGGAUGGGACCUGCCUAAGAGAUCUCCAAUAUAUGGAUCCUUUAAGUAACCUCUUCAGAAUAUAUAUGUGAAUAUAUAUAUAUAUAUACACGCGCACACAGACAUAUAUAUAUAAAUAUGAAAAAAAAAAUAUAUAUAUACCGUUAAUUUAUAAAUACUGUAUAGAACUGUGCGUGGAACUGUUGAAAAUACAUAUUUCUAUUUUUCUAUUUUUCUAAAGAAAUUAUUGCAAUAUUUGCAGUAGGGAUGCAGUCUGCUAGCAUAUUGCAUACAAUGACACCUCCAGUAUAAAAUGGCUUAGAUUGAUUUAGGCUGGUGAGCCAGACACGCCCAAUGUAUACAUGUAUAACUUUAUAUACAGUAUUUUCCUAAAAAUUUCAUUAGAAUGUCAGAUCACUCAGUGUAUAUUGGCUUUAAUCUUUGAUGUACAGCUAGACUGUCUUUGCUAAAUUAAGGGAUACAUUGAGAGAAUAUACAAAGGAUGUUCCCCCCCCCCCCCCCCUUUCCCAUCCCCAUGUCUAUAAGCCAAAUGCUACAGCACAAUGCAGAGAGACCCCACCCAUGUGCUUCUCUCUUGUUCACAGUCAGUUCAAUAGGAAGCUGCCCCCUCACCUCCCUAACAUUCUGUGUUCUCUCUGUUAUAUUAGAGGGUGAACACCUAGUUCGUGUUGCUACAUUUUGAUUGAUUUUGGCCAUAUUUUAUGCAAAGACAUUUUGCAAAGCCAGUUCCAUUUUCUAAAUCAACCUGGUUGCUAUUAAAUUUGAAAAGCAAUCAACAUAAAUUCUACAUUGGGUUGACUUGAUCUUUUAUUUUCAUGUUUUGAAUUUUUUUUUCUUCAAAUUUUUCAGAGGAAUCAUAAUAAUAUGCAUCACACACAAAAAAACUAAUUUCACUGUGUUUGAGAUGUUUUCAUAUUUUUUUAUUGUAUCAGUUUUUUUAUGGAACAUACACAGUAGUCAUGUCAUACAAUUAAACAUUAACCCCCUCCCCCCCAGAUCAACUGUGAUUAUUUGUCUCACAGUACCAUGUUUUUUGCUUUUAAAAUCUUUAUUUAUAUAUUGUAUUUUAUUUACUUGAGUCUUCAAACCAAAAAAGGCAGAUGAACGGCAGAUAGACUUUAUGAAUUAUUAUAUGUUUUCAUACAUAAGAAAUAUUAAAGAACAUAUAUAUGACAUAUAUGAAUAUCGGUUUUUUUAGAGACAAUGUAAUUUUUUUAUAUUACAGUAUAGCCAAGCAAUAAAAACAACCUACAACCUUGGAAAUCCAUUGAAAGGACUGAAAGAGAUAAUUUUAGGCAUUUCACCAUUAGCUUGGAAUUCUAGAAUCCAUUAAUGCCAUUUUAAGAUCAUGUCUUGCAAUAUAAAGAUACUUAUGAAAUCCAUCAACUGUGAAUGAUAACGAAAUUGUCAGGAUAAUGCAUUUAUAAUCACAUAGAACAUAUUUCAUUGGCAAAAGGCAAGAUAACAAGUGAUAAUGCUAUAUUUUUUUUUUUUUUGCCUGACUGAUAGCCCUUAGAGGUUGCCAGUGGAUGGGAGAGGCCACUAUGACAGCUAUAUAUGUAAAUUAACGAAACCUGGAGCUUUGGGAGAAAAGCCAGCCCUGCAGUGCCAAACAUAUCAUCUCCUCCCUAUUGCAGCAGUCUGAUUAUCACUAUUGAUAAUUUGUAGCAUAUUGGGGAGUGAUCACUACAAAAAGGCCACAAUCCUAAACAAUGACAUUGUGUAAAUUACAUUAUAUGGUCAGGGAAUUUAUGUAGGAAUAAUCAUGCAUUUAUCUAUAUAGUGCAUAGAGCUGCUUUCGUUCAUUUCAUUUAACCAUGGAAUAGUGACAACAAGUCUAUUUUUAAGAAUUCUGUUAUAAAUUUACGACAUAUUGCUUAUUAUAAUAUUAUAUACAUAAUAAAAUAUAUCACAAUUUAUUAAGCAACGUUUUAAUAUUAAAUGUUAUAUGAAAUUAGCUGUUUUAGAGGUGUAUAUUUUUAUUUGAUUUUUUGAAAUGCAUAUUAAAGUUUGUUUAGAACACACAAGAACAUGUUUUUCAAGUUGUUCCAGACAAAGGAUCGAUGUUCCAUAACGAAAGGCUUAAAUCCAUUGCAGAUUGGAUUUCAGUUUUAUGCUAAUGUUUGGUUAUUGACAUUCCAUGGAUUUUACAAAAAAUUGGAUUUGCAUUUUUGCUCUUGGGAGUGUAACAGAUUGAUCUUCAUCAGUAUACCAGAAAAGGGCUGGGUAAAAUACUGCCACCUAGGGAUCAAGAGAGAAACAACAUUUUUUAAAGGCACUAGAGUAGGACUUGAAUCCGCAAGACUUGGAUAAACUGCAAUAUUAAUUAUUUUAAGGGGCCUGUGCCCAAUUCAGAAGGUAAAACAAAAAAACUUAAGCUUGAACCAAUAAUAAUUCUUAUCUACACAAAAGAACACAAUUCAAACAAAUUUUUUUAUGCUUCUCAAAAUUUAUUUCCUAUCAGAAUCUCAAUAUACAUGAAUAUAAACUACACGUUUUACUGAAUACAUGUAUUAUACUUAUUAAACACGUGUUGCUUUUUACCUUUGCAGCCAUACGGUAUGGGCUAACAAUAUUAUUUGAUUGGAAACUAGCAACAUCAAAACAGAUUAGCAUUAAAGUACAGCAGAUAAUAGCACGAAACAAUAGCAGAAACAAUCUUAAAUAAUUGAGGAAACCUAGCUAUUUAAACCAAUGUUUUUCAGUUUGUCAAUGUGAAUAUACUAGGAUAGUUUAUAUUAGCAGUUCUAAGGGACCGACACUGUAGGAAGAUACGUGUUAUAUGGUCAUUUCAGAACACGUUAAACGAUGACCGAAGAAAAUGCAUGCAAAGUUGUUUAAUAAGAACCUCAUUGAGUUGGAACUUUAGGUCCAUCUAAAAUGACAGACCUAUUGCUGAAUUAAACCAAUACGAGAAAGACCUACCGAAAUGUUAACAUUUACAAGGCCUUUUUCUAAAGUGGGAUAGCAAAGUGAGUUUCAAAUUUAAGAUUAGAAUAGGCACAUUUAAAAAAAAAAAUCUCUAAAUCAGCAUGCUUUCAGUUUGGCAACUCUGGAUUUAAAUUUACAUUUUCCUUUGAAUUUUCAUUUUAGUAAAUUGCCCUGUUAAUUCUAAAAUUUCAGGAUUUUAAGUAAAAAUAUAUAUUUUUUUUCUUAAUGCGAGCAAUUUGUUAGUACAGGGAUGUUGCAGAGAAAUAGAAGUAAUCCACACUAAUUAAUCCUGAAAAGCUUUUUUAUUAUUAUUAUUUGAGUAUAUGAAUAAUUAAAACAGUGAUGCUGGCAAUAGUUAAGACCCUUUCCUUCCUUUAGUUUGUGAUCUAUUUAAUGCUCCACUGCCCCAAGAUUUUCCAUCCUUCCUUUAUACAUUUUCCUUUCCUGGGCAAUGACAAAGGACCAUACGGUUGGCCACGUGUCUUUCCAGGGUGUGUCUGCUCUGUUACAAUAAUGUAUUAGGAUUAUUCUAAAACUUGCUUUCUACAUUAAAAAUGCUCAUUUUUGAAAAGGUAGAAUUUUAUUUUACAAAUUCAUUGGAAUUUUUCCUAAUACAUACCUCAUGAUUAAUAUGGAACAUCUGGAACUCCAGUUGCAUAAUAAUAGGUCUCAUGUGAUGUUCAGCAAGCCUUCUGUGAACUGUAGACCUCAUUAUACAGAAACAGAAAUUCUAGACGUUAGCAGUGCACAUUUUACAUUUUGCAGUUAGACAAUGAGGUUGGAAAUGAAAGAGAAAAAGUGACAGUGCAUUGACAGGUAGCCUAAUGAAGACAGUAAGCCAAGAAGAGAAACAUUAUAUCUGCCAAUUAUUAAUAUCUUGCUAUCGUAUCUAAUUAUGACAGUAAUAUAUUGCUUGUUAGCUGCAUUACAACUAACAUUUAAUAUUUCUAUCUGUCUUCUCCGACUUACAUGCUUGGAGACAUACUACAUACAUCAUAAAACCAGAUAGAACAGGACUAAUCUUCUAGACACACUCCUUCUACAUUCAUUAGCAGGUUCUGUUCUACACAAUAGUAUUCAUCAGCCUUACUUCGAAAGCCACCACUAUAGUAUCUUAAUAAUGGGCAACACCCUCCCUAGUCUUAGCUGCCAUAUGCUUUUCUAGCCUGUCUCUACUUUUAAAGACCCUCUUUUCUGGAGGUUAUCUGGAUAUGUAACAUAAAUAUCCCAUUUAGAUAUAUAUCCUUCUAGCUCUUAAUCACACUAGCUUAUUGCACUAGCUGUCAUCAUGACAUAUUGUUUGGGCCUCCUAGACAUGGUGCGUGACAAUCUUUUUUUCUUUUCCAGUUUACCACUUUCAAGUUUACAUUUGAACGUGCACCUUUCAGCAUCCUUGCAAAAGGCCGUACACCAGGGGUGCCAAAUAUUAGUUCCCCAGAUGUUGUAAAACUACAACUCCCAUGGUGCUUUGCAUGCAUUUAGAAUGCCUUUAGAAUGACAAAGCAUCAUGAAAGGCAUAGUUUAAAACAUCUAGAGAUCUAGCUUUUGGGAACCUAUAUGUACACCAUCAUAACAAUAUUCACAGCUGUGGCUCAAUGGAUUUCUAAUGGUAUUUUAGAUAUGUAGAUUUCAAAAGGUUCACCACUUAUGAGUUUGUUUUUUCCAGAAGGAUUUUACAUGUUUGGAACAGAUGGCUAAUACAGUGUGACUCCCCACUGAAAAUUCCCCACAAUUAAAACCUACUUUUAAACACUUUUCAAACUACUUAUGUCCUAAAUCCAUAGGGAUAAUUCUUCCAACCAAGACAAGUGCUUCAUUGUCAGAUUCAGCCUUGAAAAAUUAAGAAUGAACAAAAAAUUAUAUCCAGCACACAUCAAUAAGUGAAACACAAUUGCAAAUUUAUUGACGUCCCAAAUCCAAACUGAACAAUGUUUCAACCUAACAAUAAUUUUUUCCAGGGGGAAUAAAAAGUCACACUUAUUUUGGGCAGAAUCUAGAGUAAACAUUUUGACAGAGGUCAUACAUUUCCUGUUAAUUUUACAGUGGAUUGAUGGGAGCUAAUUUGAUCAAGUGUGAAUUCGCAGAUUCUGGUUGGCUACUGGCAUUACAAGCCCUCAACAGUAUAUAUUUUUUUUUUUUACUUAUAUUGAUAGGUAUUAUGGUGUUUAAAAAUUGUGAUGCAAUUAGAUGAUGGCCACCUCAACAAAAAAAAUGACAAUAGUAAUUAGAGUUGCAUCCCUAUAGGUUAGUACAUAUUAUGAAAGAUGCUUAGCCUGCAUAAUCUGUGCAUUGUGGAAGAUAAUUGAUAUCAUCAGGCUUAGUCACUGAAGUGAGCAUUACUGGGAUAUUCAAAAUGAAUUAAAAGUGUAUUUCACAUUUUAGACCAAAAUAGCCAAACUGGAGCCAUAGGUGACAGAUAUUUUUUACUAAUUCAGCUAUUUUGUCUUUAAAUUUGAAAUUAACUUUGGAUUCCAGGCAUUCUCAUUUUAGUAAAUAAUGCUGUAUAAGUGCUUUGCUUUAAUAUUACCAAAUUUGUUCCUUCUCUUGGUCAUCUACAUUGACUUUUUUUGUUUAUAUAUUACAUAAGGCCAACUUAUUACACCAAGUCUGAUUGUCAUAUAAGGCUUGAAUACAUGUCUAAAAUUAACUGAAUGAAGGACAACAUGGAUAGUGAUUAUGGUGGAGUUGCAGGUUGGAACGUGGUACGUGGCCACCAAUUGUAAAGUGUAUUGUGCCCAACUAUUAAAGAAGUAAUAAAAGCACUACCUACCAAGCUGUCACCGUAGCUCCAUUGGGACACAAGCCUAUUGAGGAAGAGGUGGGCAAGCCUUGAUCUGCUUGAGGCAGAUCCCAAUUGAGUCUCUACACACUGCUUUUAGUCUGCCCCUCACUUGUCUCUAUUUGGGAGAUGCUUGGUCAUAUUUUUCAUAUUUUCGUAUUUCAUGUUGUAGAUACCUAGACCUUGUAUAAAUGCACCUGAAUUUCUUGGCUGUGUACUCUAGAUCCUGGUGUUUUAUUUCAAUGUGUUUUGUUAUACCUCCUUGAUGCGUUAAUUUGUGGUCUGUUUAUUGUGGACAAUACCCCUCUUCUAUAUAUGCUUUAUUCUCAGUAAGUGGUCGAUGAUUUCUAGAUAUUCUAUUGGAAGGUUUCUAAAACCAACAUUGAGGAGAAAAAAUAUGUACUUUGUUUCAUACAUACAAAGUUAUGUCUGAACAUUUUCCUAAUCUAGCUAAGCAUUGCUGUUAGCCCAUUAAUUUUGACUUACUGUGUUAUCCUUUGGAAUAUUUUAAUAUAGAUAAAUUGUAGCAAAUGUAGAAAAUAAUGAAACUUGCAAUUACAACUUACUGUUCUAAAUUAGAACAAUGUGGAACAAAAAGAACAUAUAUUCCAUGUACAUAAAAUCUCUCACACAGGGGUUAUUUACUAACGUUUACAGUAAAUUCAAAGUGAAUUUCACAUUUUAGACCAAAGUAUCCAAAAUUGAAGCACAGCUGACUUGGAGAAUGUUUCCAAAUUGGCUAUUUUGACCUUCAUUACUAAAUUCACUUUGAAUUCCUGAAAAGUCUCACUAAAUAACCCCAAUUAUGUCAUCAAUUAAAAAUAUAUAUUAGUCUAUUUCCCUAUUUAUAAUUUAUUGCAUAUACAGUUUGAUGCAUCUGCUUUAUCUCAACGACAAAAAUUUCAUGUAUUCUGCCUAUGUUGUCAUUUGCACACACAAAGAAACAUGUUGAAUUCUGUUAGGCCCAGAUAUUGGGAUUUCCUUCUGAGUCAUAAGCGCCACACAGCCUCCGAGAGAGCAGUUGUCAAUAUUGGGUGAUGGGAAUCUCGUAGAAGCGGGUGUAUGCCACCCACCCUGGGCUACCAAGUCUACCUCCACCACUGCUAAGACAGCAGCUACACAGCUACUUUCCUGACAAUAUUUGUGGUAGGCCCUGCACCAGGUCAAUUAGUCAAUGGUAAAUGUUGCAUUCUGUGAGCAGUUGGUGGGUGUUACUGGUUUUCAACAUUCUAUUUGAAGAGCAUGAUUACGUUUAAGGAUAAUCUUAUGCAAAUGUCUCUGAUGUUACAGCUACCUUCUCACUGUUAUACAAUAUGGAUCAUUAAAUCACACAAACAUUGCUUUCAUUAGCUGCAGGAAAUUGUUUAUCAAUUGAUUCAGACAGAUACCUAGACAUACGUCUGCGUUAUUUAAUGGUUGUGUCUUUCAGUGACCUUCAUGUAUAUGGUAUUAUGUUUGCUAUAGAUUCUCAUUGUUGAUGUUUUACUAAUUAAAUUAGGCUUGUGUAUAUAAAGUGUCUCUGACUUCUAAAAAUCAAAUUGACUACUAAAUAUUUCAAUAUGGCUCCUAAAUUUGACAAUCCCUACCCUACUGAAGUUUAGAUAUUUAUUGCUGACAAUUAUCAGGCUUUCAGCCGACUACAAGCCUAAAGAGAAUGAUGUAAUUUGCACUGUGCAGAAUGGAUUAGAGCAGGACUGGUAAAUUAUUUUAUUGAGACAAAUGACUGUCAUAUUUGAUUGCCUUGAAUAAUAAAUAGGUGUUAAAAGUAUUUUAAAUUACAUUUGUGGGGUACUUAGGUCUUUAUAUAUUAUUUCAUGAAUACAAAUGAGCAAAGAGGGCAAGCCUAUUGGGAAGAAACUGUGAGGGCCAGAAUAAUCUUUAAGAAAAUGGUAGCAGCUAACAAGUAGAAUAUGAAUUGCUAAUCAUAGAGUAGAUGGUUAUUCAAUCAACUUUACUACAUAUUUAGAUUAUUUUGAGGACCUGAACCCAAAUCGGCUUUGGGCUGUGACCUUCUAGCUGUUGUGGACUACAGUUCCCAUUAUGUUAUUCCAAUGUUUUUCUGCCCAAAACAGAAUAGUUAGUGGUAGUUUAGUCAUAUUUAGUCCAUAUUGACUUCAGAAUAACAUUGAGCUAGAGAGAUAGCUGAUUUUUCACCCAAGGGGACUCAAAGCACCAUAUGCUUUCAGAAUGAAUCCAAAUUGUCAGCCAAUUAAUAGAUUAUGCUGCUAGAGGUCAUGUUCUAAAAAUAUAGGAUAUCCUUAGGGUCACCACCCCUUUCCAUCUGCUAACCAACUCACACUUUUAACCAACCGCCACUUCAAAUUUGUUGUUAAGCUAACUAUAACUUUACACUCUUUCUCUUUACAUUGAUCAGUUACAACAUUAAAACCACUGACAAAUGAAGUGAAUAACAUUGAUUAUAUUGUUAAAAUGGCACCUGUCAAGGGGUGGGAUAUAUUAGGUGGCAAGUGAACAGUUAGUUCUUGAAUUUUUUGUGUUGUAAGCAGGACAAAUGGGCAAGAUCUGAGUGACUUUGACAAGAGCCAAAUAGUGAUGGCUAGAGAACUGGGUCAGAGCAUCUCCAAACUGGCAAGUCUUGUGGGGUAUCCCUGGUAUGAGUGGUUAGUACCUACCAAAAGCGGUGCAAGCAAGGACAAUGUGAACCGGAUCAUUGGUUACCAAGUCUCAUUGAUGCACAUGUGGAAGGAAGGCAAGCCUGCCUGGUACAAUCACACAGAAGAGCUACUGUAGCUCAAAUUGCUAAAAAAAAAAAAAAAAAACCUUGCUGGCUAUGAUAGAAAGGUGUCAGAGCACACAGUGCAUUGCAGUUUGCUGCAUAGCCCAUUAUGACCCAUUUCCACCUUCAAAAGCACAUUCAAUGGGGAAAUGAGUGGACCAUGGAGCAAUGGAAGAAGGUGGUCUGGUAUGAUGAAUUACAUUUUCGUUUAGAUCAGGUGGAUGGCUGGGUUAUACCUGGGGAAUAUAUGACAACAGAAUGCACCAUGGGAAGAAGGCAAGCUGGCAGUGUUAUGCUCUGGGCAAUGUUCUGCUGGAAAACCUUGGGUCCUGGCAUUUACGUGACUGCUACUUUAACACGUACCAACUACCAAGAGAUUGUGGCCCGUUCAUGGCAAUGGUGUUCCAUGAUGACAGUGGCCUCCUUCAUCAGGAUAAUGCACCCUGUCACACUGCAAACAUGGUUCAGGAAUGGUUUGAGGUAUUGUCUUGGCCUUCAAAUUCCCCAGAUCUCAAUCCAAUUGAGCAUCUGUGUGAUGUGCUGGAACAACAAACCCAAUCCAUGGAUUCCCCAACAUGUCUUGGUGACAGAUACCACAGGACACGUUCAGGCAUGGUAUGCUCAACAGAAAAUAUAAAUGCAUUAUAUUGUCUAAAAUAUGUAAAUAUAACCAUUUGGGUAGAUUUAUACAAUAUAGCAUUAAAAAGUAGCAUUAUUGGAAAGUAAACAUUUUUGUGGGUAAAAUAUUUCAAAUAUAAAUAUUUGUCUAUUAAACCCUCAUAAUUAAUUCUGUUAUAAAGGAUAGAAUCUCCAAUCUUUUAUCCCAAUGUGUUCUUGGUAGAAUAAAAUGUAGUGUAUGUUUCAUGUAUACUUCUGCACAGCAAGAAAAUUUGGUUCAGCCAAACAAGCCAACUUUUGACCAUAUGUCGGUAAGGUUCGGCAGAAUUUCACUACUGAAAACACAAUUUUGAAAUUAAUCUCAAAUUUUAAUAUCUACUAAAAUACUGAAAUAAGAACUGUUAAAGGGGUAAGAAUCUUUACCUUGUUUUUUGUUGCAUAGAUCAUGAUCCUGUAGUCUUACUGCUUAAUUCUGUGCCGUUUAGGAGCUUACUCAAUUUAUUGUUUAUGUAGGCCUAGCCACACCUCCCCUUGUUGUCACUCUUACAGCCUCCAGGAAAAAAAAGGUUUAAUUUUGACAGCAAUGUUUGUUUAUGUAAGGAGUUCUUAUAUCCUGCUCAGUUAAUUGAACUUUAAUUCCACACAAGUGGCUUCUGUAGACUCUACUAAAAAAAUUAAUAGAACAUGAGAUUAGAAAACUCUCAAUUAACACGUUGUGCAAUAAGGGAAGCUAAACAAAUUAGCCUACUUUUCAGGAAGUGUGUAGGCAGGCUGUUUGUGCCUUAACCGAGGGAGAUGUGACUAGGGCUGCAUAAACAAAGUGAUUUAAAUUACAGAGAAUUGAGCAGUUUCAUGGCAGUGACAUGAUUUAAACGCCAAGACCACUUCAUUAAACUAAAGUUGUUUUGGUGCUUACAGUGUCCCUUUAAAUGAUGUAUGUUCCAAGAUAGCUUGCUAUUUCCCUCUUUUACACAAUUUUUAAAAGCAAUUUCCCCAGAGGGCAUUUGCUGAGUAAUGCCUAACCGUAAUGGAGGAUGAUGUAAUUUGUCUGUGUAUUAAGAGAAAUGAAUCAUAGUGAUUACAUCAUCUCUGUGCAUUUGUGAAUUGUUCUAUAAAUUAUUUGAUAUUAAAGUGUUAUAUAUAUAUAUAUAUAUAUAUAUAUAUAAAUGCAAACGUUUCUUAAAAUCUGGAAAAUAAAAAAUAAUGAAUUGUAUUGGUUUAUUGAUCAGUUCUUCUUCAGCUUGAAAUUGUAAAAUGUCAAUCCUCCUUGACAUUUUGAAUAGUUAUAAAAGUUUAUCAAUAAUUGUAUAAAAGUUUAUCAAUAAUAUACAAGAUCAAGUGAAACGAUAUUGUCUUCAUGGAAAUAGGCUAGGCUUCACAAAUGUUAAUUGGCUCUGCUUGCCAUGUCUCCUCUUCGUUGAGGAUUCAGGAAUUAAAUAUCCCACUGCUACAUUGCGGUGGAAGUAUAAUAGAAUAUAAUUUGCCAUUUCCAUUCUUUAUUUCGUUAAAUCUUGAAAACACAGCAUCAAUGUCUUCGAUUAUGUUUUUUGUGCAAAAAUGCAAUUAAAAAGGUGUUAUAAUUGUAAAAUGCGAUCUAUUUAAAUCAACAAGUUGUCGCUAAAUAGGUAAAACGAUCGUUAUCCAAAGAUUUUACCCACAAUCAACUACCAAAAAAGGAAUAGCACAAUUAACCACCAUAGUUAACAACUGUGUCUAUUUCAUGCCCAUUUUAGACUUUUUAGAACAGGUCUGUUGGUAUUGUUAAGUAAUAGACCAUAUGUUUAAAAUGAACUCUAUAUCUGUUUUAUACCUGCCUGAGGAUAACAGGUUUAAGACAUAACUCCCCUGUAAUCAUACAUACUGCUGUAAUUGACUCUGGUAGCACCCUGGACUUAUAGUAAUGUAUCUCUAAACAGGGGUUCUUUUCACCAGCCAAAACCCAGUGAUACCCAUAACAGGUAAAUUAAUUAUUUAUGUAAAGCACUGAUGGCUCCAACCAAUCCUGUGCUCCUAACACAAUUAAGGACAUUGAAAAAAACAUAUUACUGACUCAUCACUCUCACAUAUACCCUACCUAAAUGUUGCCAUUUAACAAAUUAAAAUAAUUGUAAUAUAAACCUUUAUAUGAUUAUAUGGUGAUCAGGGAAAGUUGGCCCAUUUGUGACAUUAAAACCCACACUAGCGAUAAAAGGUGUUUAUUGAAAAUGUUUCUAAGGCAUGUAAUGCAUUGUGUUUUUUAAGUGAACUAUUCUAUAUCUAUUAUAAUACUAAAUACAAAAACAAUCUUUAUUAUAGUUGAUAAUUGGACUGAAAUUAUUAUAUGUUUAGCCCUAUAUUAUUUAAAAUACAUCAACUAUAAAAACGUAUCAUUCUACUGAAAAAAUUGACUUUCUCACCCCACCGGAUGGUAUUUUGUGUAUUCCACAUUCUUUUGUCCUCUACCAGAGGACUAGGAGUCUGAGGAGUAUCUUAGCUGUUCCUAGAACUGCACUCUUCUGGACAUCGAUCUCAGAUGCCCAAACUGGAAUCUGUUGAAGCCACUCUCCCAGCUUGGAAAUCACAGCCCCGAAUGCUCCUAUGACAAAUGGGACUACUACUGCCUUCACUCUCCAUAUCCUUUCUAGCUCUUUUUUCCAUCUUUAGUAUUAUUUGUCCACAUCUUUAUUUUUCUUCUUCCUGAUGUUAUGGUCACUGGGUAUUGUCACAUCCACCACCACUGCUGUCUUCUGUUCCUUAUCUACCACCACAAUGUCAGGUUGGUUGGCCAGUACUUGCUUGUCUGUCUGGAUCAGGAAGCACCACAGGAUCUUAACCCUGCCAUUCUCAACUACCAUUUGUGGUAUCUCCAUUCUUGCCUUAGGCAAGUCUAGCCUAUAUUUUGUGCAGAUGUUUCAGUACACAAUCUCAGCAACUUGUAUGCUGUUCCAGCCAAUAUUUUGUACUUGGAUACAAUGUGCUAGAUCGUCUCAGAGGACUCUAUGCAGUCUGUACCUUGGGUCCUGUUUGGUGUGAUAGACCUUCACUUCUAUUUUUCUGGUUCUGAGUGCCUAUUCCUGUGCUGCAAUGAUUAGUGCCUCAGUUCUGUCUUGGUGGUUCAGAUAUCUGUGGACCACUUUUCCUAUCCAUGCAGAGCCUUACAAAGCUAGAAACAUAGAUAACGUGGACAAUUUUACCAGUCUGAUUGUUUUAGGCUACAAUUUGAAAUUCACCGAACCACUGAAUAAAUCUGAAAGAAUUCUGUGUUCUGAUUGGUCUCCCAGUAAAAACAAAAUAAGCAGGUGAGGGGUGGAACUGAUUAGAGAAAUAGAGAGAUACAGAUAUAAACUUUACAUUUUAAUAUUUUGGUAUUGGCUUCCAGUAUGUUAUAUCCUUUUUCAGUGAAAGAUCUGUUUGAAUUGCACAUUUACAAUGCCCAUAGACACAGAAAAAAUUCCUCACUAAAAUAAAAUAAAAAUUAAACCUAGUAUUCUUAACAUUUAUUCAGAUUAUUCCGUUUCACUGGAUAAAGGAAAUGUCACUACAUAUACCUAGAAUAUGACAACAUGUUAUAGAUCUGGAAGAAAAUCUGCUAUAUAGGGUUUUUACAAUAAUAUAGGUAGGUACUUGCAUUAGAAUGACAAUUCGUAUUCGUAUAUGUUAGUCCAAUGUGAUGACACAUAAGUGGAUACAUCAUACUAUAAUGAUGUACAAAGAAUGGUAUGCUUUAUUAACCAGUAUAUAUAUAAUUUUAUAUUAAAGGCACAUAUCAACAUGAGUUUUAUAUAAAUCUAGGUAUUUAUAAGGUAUAUAUAAUAUUAUGGAGGUACAGUUCAAUGUGGGUGCUUGUUCUUAAUGAAGGUGUAUCUAAUCAGAUAUAUUAUCUUAUAGCGAAAGUACUUUUAUUUUAGUUUAUAAGAGAGUAACAUCCCCUGGAUGUUGGGCAAAAGUAACAUCCCUAGGACGUACUUGGAAACAAUCUGAAUGUACCUUCCCUUGUUAAAUACUUUGGUGUUAUUAUAUUUGUGGUAUAUAUCAGUUUAUUAAGUUGCACAUCCCAUAUAGCUUUUUAAUUAAGGUACACAUUCUAAUUUAGGCCUCAAUUUAAUAUAUUUGGAUAAGCUUUUCAAAUGAUUUUACACUUUUUUAAAAAACUUUUCAACUAAUUUAAUAUUAUGACAAUUGUUUUGAAAUUUUAUAUUUUUAUAUUUUUUUUAAUUUAUUGGUAUAUUUUGUAUAUAUUAUAUAUUUUCUGAUAUUGUAAUAUUUAGAGAAUUUAAAAAAAAAAGUUUAUCGAAAAUAUUAAAGCUGGACCUUAGUUGGGAAAUAAUCAUGGAGACGCCCAAGUUGUACUUAAAAACUAGAGAAAGUUAACUUUCUAAAUUAAAUACCUGACCAUAGUAUUGUUGGAAUUGCUACAAUCCCAAUCAUCAAGGUAAAUUGCAUAGUUUGUAUUAACACAAAGGUGUGAAUAGGUUCUAUAAUUGGUACAUUAACCAAGUGAGAUAGCUCAACGACUCGAUAUCUCAAUGAUUUACUCUAUGCUAUCUGCUGGAGAUGCAAUCUAAUUAAAAUUUUCGUUUGAUUUACUGAUCAGUUGCAUUUAACUUAAUCUAUUUGUCUGGCAAAAAGUUCAUUAUAAAGCAUAGCUGGGAGCAUAUAGCUUGCUCGAGAAUAAUGUCUGCUUCUCGCAGGCUGAUGAUGGUUUUAUAAUCAAAUUCAUGUUAUAUCACCGAGAGCACUUUGUAAAAAUAAUGAGAAACUGUAAAACCAUCGAGGCUUAUUUCUUAAGAUCUUAUAAACCAUAAAGCUUUGCAAGUGACAUAUCUGGGUUAACUUGAGGGAUCUCUGUCACAGCACGCGCUUCAUGUGUGUGCCCUAAAAUAUCUUCCCCAGGUAAUUACCCAUUGAAAGUCAUGGUAGGGGGUACAAUCUCCAAGCAACUGGAAAAGAGAGUGAUAUUUCAUGAUGCAUAAUCUUUUCAUUUACUGUCCUAAAUUAGCAAUUAAAUAUUCAACUUGACAAUUAUAUACACUUAUUUAGUAGUAUGUAUUCUUAAUGUAGAUCUAAUAAAAAUUCAGAAAAUGAAUGAUUCAGAGUAAUAACAUUAAAUUGUUUUUACUAGAAAAGUUUUGUAAUAAUAGGAAGGUUUCUGUUGAAUAAAUAAAAUGAUAAGUUGUAUGCUAAAUGAAAAUAUACUUAAAGGGAUAUUAUACCAAAACCACUACAGCUUGGUAGUGGUUCUGGGGAAAAGAUCCUGUCCCUUACAUGUUUCUGAGAAAAGACAGUGCCUAAUGUCACCUCUAGUGGCUUCCACUCAGACUGUCACUGAAGGGACUUCCUGAGUUCACUCCGGCAAAUAUUGCAGGACCGACUGAGCAACUCCACGCUUUGCAUCUUUAUGAGGAGAUGUUAAUUUGUGCAGAGUGGAGAUAGCUGCACUACCUGUGUCAGAAUGUGUGGGUCAGUGAUUAUGUGUUGUGUGUCGAAUAAAGUGUGUGCAUGUGUAGGUUAGUGAGGGCAUGGUUUGAUUAAACAAAUUCAACAAUUUAUAUUUACGUUUUUGAGUAGUAUGCAUUUUGUGUAUUAUAUUAGUAUUUGCAUGUGUAUAUAUUAUAAACAUCACUUACAUAUGCAUAAAACACUCAAAUUGUAGAGAAUAAAAAUCUGAAUCACAUUACUUUGAAAAUGCAGCCAACACCCACCACAUACAGUACAUACAGGCAGCACAUACCACAUAUUCAUUGCAUACAGGCAGCUGACACACAUUAUAUACAGCCAACACCCACCACACACACACAUUACAUAUAUCAAACAGACUAUGCACAGUGCAUACAGACAGCACACACUGCAUACACACUACAUACAGGCAGCACAUACCACGUAUACAUUACAUAGAGGCAGCAGAUACACAUUACAUACAGCCAAUAAACACCACACACACUAACUGUAGCAAAGUUAGAGAAUAUUUCCAGAUUAACUAUUUUCACUUAUUAUUCCAUUCAUUUCAGUUUUUGAAAAUGAAUUUAGCAAAUAGCCCUGUCAAUGUCCACAACUCUAGGCAAGGGUCCCCAAUAAUUGCUAUUAUUUUGUGUUAAGAUAAGUAGAUUGUCCUGUUGGACGAGUAGAUUGGGCUACCACUUUAGUCCCUUGGACAAGUAGAUUUAAUAAAAAAAUAAAAAUAAACAAUCCACAUCCUUGUAUGUAUAUUGAUGUUUUUGAGAAAAUUUUACUUUUCUAUCUUUUUUGAUGCGCAGCCAUUUUGGGUCAGAUUCUACUGUUAUCUGACCAACUGUCUGAGUACAUGAAAAAGAAAACAAUAACAGGUAAUAGUGCAGAUUAGCAGUAAUAUACAGUGAUCCGUUCCAUAAAUUAACACCUUAAAUCAUUCUAAGUCUUUUCAUCAGCUCACAAUUUGGGCAUAUUAAGAAAUUAUAAGGCUUCACACAUUUCCAAAAAGACAACCAGAAAAAUCUUCAAAAUAAUACAGCCAUAUAUGAGGAGAAAGAAUACAGAGAUCAUAGUGUAAAACAAUAUUACAUUUAUUGUAAAGACUAAAAGAAUAUGUAUACUUAAAAUUAGGGCCAGCCCACAGUAAAUGACUCUCACAAACACAGCUAAAAUAUAUAUGAAAUAUAGAAAGUAGACCAACUCUGGUCCAGUCACUGCAGAUGCCGUCUCUCAGAUACUUUCACCAAAAUAUACAAGUAGAUUUAGAAGCAUUGCAUGUUGCGUUAAUACUAAUGCAUUUCUUUAGAUAUAUAUAUAUAUAUAUAUAUAUACAUACACACACACAAUACAGGGAUGAGGGCACUCACUAUUCUCCAAUUUCUUUUCCAAACGGAAUGAUGUAAUGUCUUGGUGCACCACGCUGGAACCAAUAUAUAUCCAAAUAUUUCAGCAAAGAAAAGUGGGCACUCGCAGGUCUUGUUUAGUGAAAAAAAUUUGCAAAUUUAUUAUUGUAGCAUCAACAUUUCAGAUAUUAGUAGCACUCGGCAAUUUAUUGGUUUUCAGUACAGUUAAAAGGUAAAGUAAGUACAGUGUAUGGAUGUAAUAAUAUCUUAUCUAUAUAAUAAAAGAUACAGGUGCUGUAGAUAUGCAGGGUAUGUAUGUGUAACUUUUCUUUUAUACAGAUAUAAAAAUGCACUUUAAGAUUGAUGUAAGAUUCAUUAUUUUUACACAGUUUUUACACAGUUGCUCAGCUCUAAUGGAGAAAGGUGCUUGAUCCAUUUUUUAAACAUUAAAACAAAAAAGCUAAAGUUGAAAGUGAUCUUACUGGAGGUGUAGAUAGCUGCAGUAAGCAAGUAGUGAGCAAGUAGUGCAGGUCUUACCAAUGUGUUGCCAAAGGUUAUUUUUAAAAAUCAUUGCAAUUGAUAUUAGGCAUGUGCAUGGGCAAAAAAAAUGGUACGGUUUGGAAAUUCGGGUAAGUAAAAAAAUGUGUCUGCUUCGGCAAUUCAGAUCAAUGGCAUUUGGUUCGGUUCAGCACUUUGUAAGCAUCCGAAUGUCCGAAUGGCAUGAAGUUCGUACAAAUGAACAUUCAGAACUAAACGAAUUGCACAUGUCUACUUUAUAUAUCCUAAAUAAUAAUCGGCUAAGGAUGUUUGUCUGAUGCAGUCAUGCGCAGUAGAGACUGCACAUGACUGCAAGGGACAAACAUCCCAUGCCAUGUGUUGAGGGAGCAAAGUACUUACGAAUGUCCGAAUGGCAUGAAAUUUGUACGAAUAUACAUUCGCAACGAAACGAAUCGCACAUGUCUAAUUGAUAUUAUAAUCACAUUUCUGGACAAAGCAGCAUAAUGAAGUUUACUUAAGUUUUGCUAUAGUCAAAGACUGGUUUUAGAAUUACAUUAUAUUUAAUUUCCUUUUUCAUUUUCUUCUUAUCUCUACAUUGAAACAUGAUCACAGAAUCAUGCUCAGCAUAGCUUUUUGAUCAUACAGUAGUUUAUCUGUUACGAAAUCCAAAUGAGACGUCAUAGUCUAGUCACAUAUCACAAUUUCGUUGGAGUCAAGUGGCAAGUUCCUUUUGUUUUGUUGGAUUACUCAGGACUUUUUAAUUUAUUUCACAUGAAAAGUUUUCCAAACACCAAGAAAACAGUUAUCCAACAUGCUGGAUGAUUAAAAAUAAUGUCCUUUAUUGGCAGUUGUACAGUAUGGGAAAAGUCUAAUAAAGCAUUUUUAUUCAAACAUAUACAUAUAUAAACAUUGUUGGGAGGGCAUAUAUAUUUUCUAAUCACACCACUAAUGCAUCUCAUUACAUUUAUUUUAAACACGAGUAAGUUAUUAGUCAUUAGUAAGUCAUUAUUCGAAGAUCACUAUGAUUGGCAAAAUAUUAAUUUAUGCGUAUAGUACAUUUUAGGCAUUUUGUGAUUAUAUUGCUAACCUAAUGUUACUCAAGCAGUUACUCUGAAUUAAGUAAGAAUUGUAAUAUUGAGGCUAAAAUCGCCAAGCAAACUAAGCUCUGGGCUAGAGCUUAGAUUGAUAACCCCUUAAACAGAGUUUAUUAUCAUUUGGAUCAUAAUGAAGAAAGGGGUUUAAGCUAUCACAUACCAUUGAGAAAAUGACUAAUGCAGUGGUUUGAGUACCUCCAUAUUAGGUAUUAUUAUGACUGACACAAAUAUAGCAAAAGAAAGGUAAAACGCACGCACUUUGUAUUAAAGCUCACAUUUUUAGGUAUAAGGUGAUAAUAUUCCCACCCAGUAAUAUAGUUGUCCUCCAUAUAAGAAAAAGAUGAUGGAAUAGAGUGUUUUCUGCAUAAUAUUAUAUAUGGAGAGAAUUGAAAAUGUACUCACAAUUUGUUGACCAAUGGAUUUGCUCAGUAUUUGCAGUGUUGGUGGAACAAUCCACACCAAGGAUUUGAAGGUAGUAAUCCAGGAAGACAUGCUUCAUGUAGUGUCAGGAACAAUGAAAGCGUAAAAUAAAUUUAAAAAAUAACAAUAAAGACUACCAGGUUCAAAUGUAGCCUACUAUUUGGUCCAUGUCAAAGUCAUUCAGAUCUUUAAAAGACAUUGUGCUCUAGACUAAGGGGUGGCCUCAGCUCCAGAUUCACAUAUGUACAAUAAAGGGUGAAGGCCAGGUACUUGGUAGACUUUUAAUGAAGUAACUCACAUAAAGACAAUGCAUCAGUCACACAACAUGAUCUUUAUCAAGUCAUUUUGAUAAAGAUCUCAUUGUAUGACCAAAACAUUACCUACAUGUGAACUGUUCCUGUAAAGAAAAAGAACACAGUGUGUCUGGACCUCAUCCUUUAAUGUACAUACGAGCAGAAAUCUACAGUCAGCUGUACAUUAAAUGCACACAACAUAUUGACAAAUAUACCGUGAUCAAAUCCAAGAGCAUGAAUUCUAAUGAGCUGAGCCAGCUUUCAUUUUCAGUGCAAUAGUGAAAUGCUCGACAAAAGCUUGGGGAUGAAGGUAAUGAUAUCAGGACAAUAUGUUUUGCAUGAUUUUCUUGUGCCAUAUGGCUAACUCUAGGUGUUGUAUCAAACUGCGUCAGUACUUAAGCAAAAAUAUCUUGCCUUCUGUCAUUUAUUACAAGCCCUGGGGUGUUUUAAGGUAUCUAUUUAAAAUUGCAUUUUUAUAUAUCAUUCACAAUUUUUGGAAUAUCAGUAAAAUAUGUUGUGCAUUAAAAUAUAGUUAACUUUCCAUUUAGAAUUAUUGUUUAUUAUUUGUAUGUAUUUGUAAGGAAACACAUAUGUGAACAUGUAUAUAUCAAAAUAAUGUUCUGAGAUCAAUUUGAUAUAAUGUACUGAAGUACACUCCAAUCUAAAUUAGAUUUAAUGCUUUUCAAGUUCAUAAAUUCUUAGGUGCAAUGGUGGCUAUUUUUUUUUUUUUUUUUUUACAAAAUCUAAGAAAUGUUAAGUAAAUUACUGGAAAUAAAAAAAUGGCAAUGGAAAAAAUAACCUACAGCGCCAAAGCAAAACACAGCGUUUUGUGAAUAAAAAAGAUCUGAAAAUGUUUCAUAGGUAUUGUCAUUGCUCCAAUGUACAAAUUUUUGGCAAAUUCUUAAAUAAUUGUUGCUUUAUGAGAUGAACCCACUAUAUUGGAAAUCUGUUCUCAGGUGCUAUACAGUUCAAAAUUAGAACCCUUAAAAAAUUAGGGACAUCAGAUUUUAGACCGACAGAUUUUGUAAGUAAAUCCCAUUUAUUUUACUUAAAUUUAGAAUCAGUGUGUGACAUCACAGUGCCAUAAAACAUACAACAAAUACCUAAUGCUACCAGGUAGGGUAACUCCUAUCAAUUUAGGGCAUUUGGGAAAAAAAAUUUUUUUAGUUGCUGCCGUAAGAUUAAAUGUAUGCUAGCCCUAAGCGUUACUCUAAUUCUCAAAAGGUAUGCAAAAUCAAAGAUGUAUAAUUUUAGACAUUUGAUAUUUGUGGAUCUGAUAAGACAGCUGUGGUAUAAAGUAAAACAAAAAUAAAGUUAACUUCAAGUGAACCAUAGUUUGGUUAGAAGAAUGGCAUAUAAAUCAUUACUUAUCAUCAUGAUCUUAAUAAUUUGUACAGGUUUAAUUCCCAAAUAUGAACAAUCAUCCUCCCAAAAAUAAGAAAUAAUGACUUAUCGACUAAGAAAAAAUACUGUAUUUUUUUUUUAGUUCUCACUUCAAAAAAUAAUGCUAAUUAAACUAAGGGAAAUAGAAAAUGCCAAUGGCAAAAACUGCCUACAGCGCCAAAGAAAAACAUGAUUGAGAAAAAAAAUCCCAAAAAUGUUAGCAAAGUCUAAAACCCGAAUCCAUAUAAUAUGAUUAACCUAACUAACUGCUAUGUUAUUGUACAGCUUGGUAUCAUAUAAGAAAGCUAACUGUGCCAUAUUUUUACUUCCAGCCUACAAAGAGAAGAUGAAGGAGCUCUCUAUGUUGUCUCUUAUCUGCUCCUGUUUUUAUCCUGAGCCACGCAACAUCAGUACAUAUACAUAUGAUGGUAAGUGAUCAUAGCUAAAAUUGCUAAGUGAAUGCAAAUGUCAGUGAUUUUCUGAUUGUAGUGUCUGUAAUUUGGUUAAACGUCUGCAAUUAUGCACUCAAAUGUUGUUUGGAGUCCAUGCUUCCAUGGCCUGCUCUAGAUUAUCUUAUUUUAGAAACCGACAUCAAAGUAUGUUUCACUGGGAAAUGUAUCCCUUAAUUGUAUUAUAUUGAUGUUAACUUGAAGGAUAACAUUGAGAUUUCAAUUGAUCGGUUGAUUCACAUUUCCCUUUAAUUCACAUGUCCUGUUCACUGAGUUAAAAUUUUACUAUAACUCUAUGAGAAAAAUAAUUUGGAGGCUGGAUGCCCAUGGAAAGCAAAGAGUUAAAUUUAAAACAAAACCAUUUCCCCAUCUCCCUUCAUGUUAGAACCUUGAAUUCCUGGUGGUAAAUCUAGAUUUAAAUUGAGAAACUGAAAUUAUCUCAUUUAAAUUCCAUUUUGUGAUGAAAACCCUAAAGCAAAAAAACUUGUCUGCAACAGAAAGCACUGAGCUGAAAAAUACAGAAGUAUUAAUGUAUCGUCACAUUCCCUGUAUUAUCUUUAGUAAUUCUGCUUUUUUUGUUGGUUAGAAAUAAAAUAAAAUAAAAAAAAUACAAGAUUGCGGAACACAUAGACAUCUUUCCUUAACAGGUUUUUAAACCUGCCAUCCUGAGAGAAAAAAAAUCGAAUACACGUAGCGAUUUUCUCAUCUGAUUUGCAGGAAUCAAUUAAGUAGCAGAGUGUUUCAAAUGCCAUUAAAGUAAGCGUAUUGUUUAUCGGCCCUAGAGUUCAAUAAUUAACAGCCAGGCCUCAUAAACUAAUGCACAGUUAAAAGUAUUAAUGAUAUAUAUAGCUGAUUAGUGUAGGAAACCAGUAUCACUGAAAUUGUACACAAUUCCAUUAACUCGCCUGCUGUCAGGGAUCAGAGCAGAGCCAAGGUUCCUAGUAGAGUAAUAUUAAAAACAAAGGGAUAGAUAAAACAUUAUAAUGACCUUAGAGUGGACUGAGUUAAUGUUAAAGUGUAUUGCAUCUCGAGACUGGUCAGGGUAUCAUAAGAAAUGUUUUUGUGGGCAGCGGACAAAAAACAAACCAUGGACAAGCUAAGAGCAGAGUAACAGAGGACUGGAAAAUGGAUAACAUGCAGAAACCACAAUUGGGGUCAUGAUGAUAGGUAUCUUGGAUAGGUCCUAACCAGCUGGCUUCGAUUGGUCCUAACCAGUUAUCAAGCAUGGAUCACAUCCAAAUACAUGUUGUAUUUGUAUUGGAUGGGUGACAAAUCUAUAAUCAUAUAAAAAUAAAUAGUGAAAAACAAUCUUUAGUAGAUUCUUCCGGCAUCAAACAAAUUUCUAUUUCUUUUUUUUUUUUUCAAGGUUUUUAUUAAUAGCAUUCCAUAAGUACAGGUAAAGUGUAGCAGUAACAAGACAGAGUAUAUCGCUGGGCGGGCCAGCCAGUUAUGCAGGUCUGGUUGCAGUUAACAAUCGUACAGUAUAUGCGUUACAGAUCACAUAUUUGGCAUUGACAGCUGUGUUUUACAUUAUGGUGGUGUGCGUAAUUUGUGGGGUAUUGUAUGUGGCGAGGGUUAGCUGUGCACCGCGAUAUCAGUGUGGUGCAUAUUGCUGGCAAGAUGCGGGCAAGGUGCGAGGUAUGGGUCUUGUAAUGUGCGAUUUGAUAUUCACGGACAAGGAGGGGUAUCUUGCGGGCAGUUGGGGGACGUAGCAAACACAUUUCCAAUACAUUAUGGAAGUUAGUGCUCCUGUAACCAUAAACAAAAUACUGUUGCAGUUACCUAGGGCCUAAUGUAUAGCAUGUGUAUGUUCCGGCCUAUGAGGCCCUCUAAAUUAGCUUGAGAAUCCAUGUUUUUGUAUUGAUGGAGGGGAAAAGAACCAAUGGACUAAGAAUCUAGAGCCUGCAAGGGUUAUACUCAUAUCUUUUUACUAGAAGGGAACCUGCUACACCAGUUAGAAGAAACUUUAUACCAUGAAACGGACUCUGGCCCUGGAUCCCAAAUGAAGGGUUUACAACUCACAGAGAAGAGGGAAAAUACCUAAGCUUUAUCAAAAAAUAAAGACUUUGUAUGAUUUAGACCCAAUCUUGGUGGUAUGAAUCUCUUGACAAAUUAACUAAACAUGGCCUAAGUUAAAAAGGUAUAAAUCAGUUGAGCCACUAAUUGUUAUGAGACACAGGGUAGACUGUUAUAAUAAAUGACAUUGAUCAAGGAAGAUGAUAAGCUUUAUAAAGAGAUAUAUUUUAGGAACUUUUUAAAGGACCAGAGUCUGGAGAAAGCCUAAAGGUACAUAAGUAAGGUAUCUUGUUCCAUAUGAAUGUUGCUGCCCUAGUUAAAUUGUGUAGGCUAGAAUUAGCAAUGUAGGUGCAAAGACAGUAUCCACUUAACUGUCAGAGCAGAGUGACUGCGAAAUGAUGUCAGAGAAACUUGUUAAGAGCUUUGUGUUCAUAUUUUUAAUGGUAUUUGGAAGGGUAUGGGAAGCCAGUGUAAGGUUUGACAUAGAAAUGAUGUGUGAGGAGUUGCAAGUAACAAUAUUAAAUCUGGCAACAUGCUUUUAAUAUAUCUGGCCUGAUUAUUUGAUCCUAGUUGUCUUUAUUAUAAUGCUCCUCCCUGAUUCAGUAGGAAUGUGUAUCUAUGGGAACUAGAGGCACACUUGCAGAAGUUCCUUCCAUUUAUGUCAAUGUCUUACUGUUAUUUGCAGAUAUGGAAGUGAAACAGAUUAACAAGCGUGCAUCUGGACAGGCGUUUGAGCUGAUUCUGAAGCCGCCCUCUCCAGUGUCAGAAGCCCCACGGACCUUGGCCUCUCCAAAGAAGAAGGAUGUUUCCUUAGAAGAUAUCCAAGCAAAAUUGGAAGCUGCAGAGGAGAGACGAAAGGUGACCUGGUGUAAAAUGUGUGGUCUUAAUUUCAUAAUUGGCUACUGAAUCUAAAGUAUACAUAUUCUUCACAUAAACCCUUAAAAACAAUAUUACUCAAGCACAUUAAAUAAUGCACAAAUUCAAGUAUAGGAUUACAAGAUGUAGUGUAUAUUGCAAUGUCUCUGUGCUCCUUAUAUUCUUAUAACAAUCAGGAUUAUCCCUGUAGCCUCUAAAUUUCUCUUACUUGCAGAGUUAGGAUGUGCACACAGGUUAACAGACUGCAGUAUUAUUUCCGCUAUGACACUAAAGCAAUUUCCCUCUUUUUAUAGUAAUCCAAUUCUCAAUUUCCUUAUUGACAAUCUUACAUCAGACAAAAAUAAUUAACUCUUUCUUAUGCAUAACUCUCUAGCUAUAUAAAAUGUGCUCAUUUACACAUGACUUAUCAAACAAGUCAUAUAUAGCUGAUGUCCUUCUAAAACAUAUUUACCCUAUUGAGACACCAUAAAUACAGUUAGUGUGACACGUUUUAAUCAAUAUGGAUUAUUGUACAUUUAGAUCAAGAUGUACCAAUCAAUAUUUCAGACAUAUAUACUUCCCAUAAAACAUAACAAUUUUACUGUAUAUUAUUACAGUGUUGCUGAGAGUAAAAAAAAAAAUUUUUCGAGAAAUUUAACAAGCAAAUAAACAGGUAAAAAUAUAUAUUUUUUAAUUUAAAUGAUACUACUAGAGAAUAAUUAUUCGAGGUAUAUACUUCCAGCAAAAGGUCUGCAAGAAAAAAACCUUUUUAGACAAAACAUUGGCAUGUAUAAGUAUUUAUAUUUUUAUUUUUUUAUAACGUGCUCACCUACCUUUACCAAUACAAAGAGAGACAAAACCUGACAUUUUCAAGAUUUAUACAUCGUAAGUCAGUUCCGUCACUUACAAAAAAAUCUUCUUAAAAUAUGGUAGCAGAACACGUGUGCUAUAUAUUCAUAUCUGCGUUUUUUGAAAAUUUCACAAAAUACACAACUAAAACUCGGAUUUGAGUACAUGAGCGUUAUCUUUCAAGCGAAUCAACAGGGUAUUUAACCGAAAAUGUUUUUUUGUUCAUUAAUGUCAGCUUCAAGAAGCACAAAUACUGAAGCAACUGGCAGAAAAGAGAGAACAUGAGAGGGAAGUUCUCCAAAAGGCACUGGAAGAAAAUAACAACUUUAGCAAAAUGGCAGAGGAAAAAUUGACCUUCAAAAUGGAACAGAUCAAAGAAAACCGUGAAGCCUACUUAGCUUCUGUCCUGGAACGUCUUCAAGAGAAGGUAAGAAGAAUUUUCACAUUAUUCUCAUCUCUGCAUAAUUAUAAAAACUCAUUUCUAGGCAUUCCAAGGUCAGAUGACAUUCCAAAUUCCAAUUUAGAUUUAUAUGCAGAUACAUGUUUUAAAAUAGUCUACCCCAAGGUAAAAACAUUAGAUUUUUAAACCAAUAUAUCGGUACGAGCAUAGAACAGAAGUGAUACUUCUCUAAAAUUGACAAUUCAUUACUCCCUCACCUUUGUAAAUGCUAUUGGGUUAUUUUCUGGGGUAAGUGAAAAUAGACUUACCUCUGCACAAUAAUUGUAAAAGAGACAUAUCAAUCUGUAGUUUGCUUGCAUUAGGGGUUUGUUUAGUUACAAAACCUUGGUCCAUGGGGGUCAAAUGACAGAAUUAGUCCUUUAACCCCUUAAGGACCAAACUUCUGGAAUAAAAGGGAAUCAUGACAUGUCACACAUGUCAUGUGUCCUUAAGGGGUUAAAUUACGCAAUUAAAAUUACAGAUUAUAAUACCUACAUGUUUGCCCACAAACUAUAUAUAUAUCCCGGAAUAUGGUUUACACCCUUCUUCUGAGCACCCACCUUUUUGAUUUUCUCUUAUUUCCUUUCUUUUCUAACCUUGUAUUCAUAUUAAUAAAAUUUACAAUUGUAUGUUUACAUUGUAUGCAUGCUGUAUGUAUAAUUAAAGAUUUAAAUUUAAUAGCGAUAUAGAAUAGUUGUGAGAAAAAAACUGAAAUGAAAAACAUAUUUGAUUUUAUAUUUGGAGUAAACAAAACUCAACUUAUCUGUUACAAGAAACUUUUUUGAGUUUGCACUGUUGGUCUGAUCACUAAACACACACAAUGUUAUUUACUAUAGUAUGAGUUGUCAGGAAUUCACCAGGAAAUUUAAGACCCAACCAGUUAGGCUAUAUAUAGAUAUAGCUAGCUUGGAGAAUGUUUUCCAUUUCAACUAUCUUGUCUCAGAUUUGUAUUUUCCUGGUAAAUUCUUCAUCAAUCGCUGUUUAGAAUUAGGAAGUAGGUGAACAAUGGGCCAGGUUGCGGAUACCGUUGGGACCUGUGGUUUAUGACAUCAUAUUAAAAUGAAUUUGACACAGACACAGGGAUUGGCAUCAGCAGCCUGUUAGUACCAUGCAAUGGGUUGGAAUGAGAAGUGUUCAUGGUCCUGCGAGAGUUCCUUUAACGCCUUAAGGACCAAACAUCUGGAAUAAAAGGGAAUCAUGACAUGUCACACAUGUCAUGUGUCCUUAAGGGGUUAAUUUGCAAUGAUACAGGGACACAUCACUGCCCAAAUAAAAAAAGAAAGAAAGAAAGAAAGAAAAUCACUGUUAAGCAUAUAUAUUCACCAUUAAAACAUGCAUGCAUUUAAUUAUGCAUUUUUUUCAUGGGGGGUAUAUCUAGAAACUGCUUGCAAAAACUGCAGGUCUCUUGUUUGAAACCUUUUGCAAGCCAUCUCCUUCUAACCUCAUCCAGGCAACCUGUGGUCUAAUCACAGACUUCCCCAUGCAAGUCAAUAAAAAGUCUUUGAAAGGCAGGUGCUCUGGGCAAUUGACUUUGUCUUGUGGUUAUCAUAACUGAACUAAACAAGCAGGAAGAAACAGCACCGGAUUGACAGCCGGGGGGGUGGGGGGGUGUAACUAGGUUAAUUUCCAAAAGUGCCAAUUUCUAUUGAAAUCUGCACUUUUUGUAAAAUGAAAAUAGAGGACACACAUAAAGCAAGCUGAAGUGCUUUAUGGGUUUGGAAUAUCCCUCAAAGAUGAACAUAGAAUGUUAAACAUCACAAACUCUUACAUACAUAGAUUAUUGUAAUUGUAUGACUUGGGGAUUUCUAUUUGUUCCAUUACAAAACCAUGUGUUGAUCCUUAAAGGUUUUCAACCUUGACAAAUGCAUAAUGGUAAUGAAAAUACUGGUAAUAUCCAUGCCAGCUGCACAGAAGUGUUGAAGAGCUUUACACUUGUUCCAUGUAUGAUAUGAUAUUUUGUAGCACAUUGUGCAAGCCCUCAUAGCCUAGGGCAGGGGUAGGCAACCUUCGGCACUCCUAAUAAUGUGGACUACAUCUCCCGUAAUGUGGACUACAUCUCCCGUUAUGCUCUUAACACAGUAAAGGAGUUUAAGCAUGCGUGGGAUAGGCAUAAGGCUAUCCUAACUAUAAGAUAAGGCCAGGGACUAAUAAAAGUAUUUAGAAAAUUGGGCAGACUAGAUGGGCCGAAUGGUUCUUAUCUGCCGUCACAUUCUAUGUUUCUAUGUUUCUAAAGCAUCAGGUAGGAUGUAGUCCACAACAUCUGGCGUGCCAAUGCUACUUACCCCUGACCUAAGGUCUUCUGCAAGUUUCCACAUAUUUUGGCAUACCAAUAGAUUUAGCGUGAUGCACACAACAAUACUAACGCAUGGUAUUGGUAUAAUUUUGCAGGAAAGACAUGCCGCUGAAGUGCGCAGGAACAAGGAACUCCAUGAAGAACUUUUUGGCUGAAAAAAUAUCCCAUUAGUAAUUCCUUUGCCUAUAUAAUUACGGAUCAUGUGAUAUCAGUAUGGAAAAUGUAUGACAUCUAAAAAAAAAAAAAAAUCAAGAAAAAAAAAAACAAGACAAGAACUCAUUAAGAAAAUAAAUUGCGGUCUCUUUGCAGAAUGAUUUGCUUGAUGUUUAAAAAAAAAUGAAAAUUUGGGUCUUAUUUUGUAAAUAUUUACAUUUUUGUUAAAAAAUACAAGUAUUGCAUUAUGCAAGUUAUUUCAUAAUCUUACAUGUCCUGUAACAGGCUUUUGGUGUUGUCUAUUUCCUCUAAAUUGAAUUUGCUGUUUUUUUCCAAGAUGCCCAUGUCUAAACUCAUUUCCUGCAGUAUUUCCUUUAAUGCAACAUACAAUUAGAAGGUUUGCGGUGGCAGGAAGACUUACCAUAACCUAGCUGUACCGAAUAUUUUGUAAGCUUUACAGUUUGUUCAAUCAGUCUUUAUAUCCACAGUGCAAUGAUGUUAGUACAUGUCUGUGUUCUGAAAGAUGCUUAACUGGUGUCAAUAAAAUGCUCUUUCCUAGUGUGUCAUGAAUCGAUGAGGCCUUUUCACCUUUCUGGAGUGUAGGACAGGUCAACCAGUCCGUAGUCACUCAUCUGUUUGUGAGAAAUAGACAGAACUUUACAGGCUGUAUACACAUGCAGUAGGUUACGUUGCUUUUCCACCGAUAUUACACUUGGACAUCACGUUCCCACAAGCAGAAAAAGAAGAACAAAUAAAUUACAUCUACAAUUAUUAUUUCCACUAUUAUAGGGUUGAGUGAAUACCCAAAAAUACAAAAAAAUGUUUUAAAAAAUAACACAUAUUGCUACUGUUAAAUCAAAAACAAUUAUAAUUGUAACCUAAAUAGGGGCAAGAAAAUGAUUUGCAUAUACAAUACUAAGAACAAGAACACUGGAGACAGGCAUUGAUUAAAUAUAACAUAGCUGAAGGUCUAAUUCCUUUGGGUUCAUGUUAGUACAAAAGUUAUUUGGGACACUACAUCACUUAGAAAAGCAGUCUUGGUCUACAGACUUUAUAACCUUUAUGCCAGGGACAAGGUAAUUGCCUAACAUUUAUUCAGCUAUUUUUGAACUAUAAGCCCAAAAUCCAAUGUUAAUCUGUGGCAAGCCGAAGACAAUGGCAAGUCGCAAUUAGGUAACCCACAGAAAACUUUGGUUGAUUUGCGUAGUAUAUACUGUAUAUCGUGUUGUCAUGGAAUAUGUUUGGGGCUUCAGGGCUUACGGAAUUUUGCCACAUUCUUGUUCCAUGGUUUGAUGGCACCAUUAUUAACAAAAAACUAAAAUACUGUUAAGCAUUAAAAUACUGGGAUGAUUAGACAGGGUGCACGUGCCAAGUAUGUAAUUACUAAACAGCCAAAAAAAAAAACCCUUAAAACCUAGUUGCAGUUUUUGAAUUGUUCCUACCCCACGGGAGUAUCUGCCUGCAUAUUCUACUGUUAGUGCUAUUUCCUGUAUGUCAUUGUGAGCAAGCUGUGAUAAAUAAAGAAUUGGGGUUCUGUGAACUGAUACAUGCUUAGACU